AUGUAUCAUCAACGUUCUAUAAGUUCAAUGCUAAAUCAAUUUUUAAUUCGCAUAAAUUUUAACAACAUUUUUAUUCCUCCUCAUAACAAUAAUGCACGUUUUCUUGCGGUUCAAAUAAGGAACGGUAGUAGAAUUCAAAUCUUAACGGCGGUGGAUUUAUUGACACAAAAUAUAAAAUACGAAGCAAAUCGAUUACACGUAUUUGGUCGAUAUAUAAUUAAUCUAGCAACAAUUCGCAUCUGGCAUCACCGUUUAUCAACAUAUCAAAGACAUCAAAUAGCGGAUGUCAUAAAUCCAACUCUAUCUUAUACUCAUAAGCCAGUUGAUGAUCAUAAUCUAGUAGAAUCUAAGAUUGCGUAUGCAGAUCCAACCAAAAAAGAGUAUAUUUUGCGUUUUGAUGAUCUUUGA